GAAUGCGCGUGCGCGCGGCUCCGCCGUCAGGCGCGCCUGCGCGGGGUCGCGGUUUCGUUUACGGGCGGAGUCCGGGGGCUUCAGGGUGUGGGUAGCAAGUGGCGAACGGGCUGCCUGAAGCCCCGCAGCGGGCCUUGCGCGAUGCCGGGGAUGGUGCUCUUCGGCCGGCGCUGGGCCAUUGCCAGUGACGACUUAGUCUUCCCGGGGUUCUUCGAACUGUUCCUGAGAGUGCUUUGGUGGAUUGGCAUUCUGACUUUGUAUGUCAUGCACAGAGGGAAGUUGGACUGUGCUGGUGGAGUCCUGCUCAGCAGUUACUUGAUUGUUCUCAUUGUACUCCUGGCAGUUGUUAUAUGUACUGUGUUAGCCAUCGUGUGUGUCAGCAUGAAAGGAACCAUUUGUAACCCUGGACCUCGGAAGUCUAUGUCUAAGCUGCUUUACCUCCGCCUAGCACUCUUUCUGCCAGAGAUGGUCUGGGCAUCCCUGGGGGCCGCCUGGGUAGCAGAUGGUGUCACAUGUGACAGAACAGUUGUGAAUGGCAUCAUUGCAACUGUCAUUGUCAGUUGGAUCAUCAUCGCUGCCACUGUUUUCACCAUUAUCAUUGUCUUUGACCCACUGGGCGGGGAAAUGGCUCCCUAUACCUCUGCUGGUCCUGAUCACCUGGAUAGUCACGAAUCAAGCCAGUUACUUAAUGGCCUCAAGACAGCAGCUACAAGCGUGUGGGAAACGAGAAUCAAGUUGUUGUGCUGUUGCGUGGGGAAAGAUGAUCACACUCGAAUUGCUUUUUCGAGUACGGCAGAGCUUUUCUCAACCUACUUUUCAGACACAGAUCUGGUGCCCAGUGACAUUGCAGUAGGCCUGGCCCUUCUCCAUCAGCAGCAGGACAACAUCAGCAGCAGCCAGGAGCCACAGGAGGUGAUCAGCCACUCCCCAGGGCACCCCCAGGAAGCUGAAUUGGAUGCAGAAUUAGAAAAUUGCCGUCAUUAUAUGCAGUUUGCAGCAGCUGCCUAUGGGUGGCCUCUCUAUAUUUAUAGAAACCCAUUUACCGGGCUGUGCAAGAUUGGUGGUGACUGUUGUAGAAGCAGGACCACAGAAUAUGAGUUGGUGGGAGGUAAUCAGCUCAACUGCCAUUUCGGCUCCAUCCUGCAUACGACAGGCCUGCAGUACAGGGACUUCAUUCACAUAAGCUUUCACGACAAGGUAUACGAGCUGCCCUUCUUAGUGGCUCUGGAUCACAGGAAGGAAUCUGUGGUGGUUGCCGUGAGAGGGACAAUGUCUCUGCAGGACAUCCUCACUGACCUGUCUGCCGAGAGCGAGAGCCUCCACCUGGACACCGACCUGCAGGACUGUUUGGCACAUAAGGGGAUUUCUCAGGCCUCAAGAUACGUUUACCGACAACUGGUCGAUGAUGGGAUUCUGAGCCAAGCGUUCAGCAUCGCUCCCGAGUACCGGCUGGUUGUGGUGGGGCACAGCCUGGGAGCGGGGGUUGCCGCCCUGCUGGCCAUCAUGCUGCGGAGCUCCUACCCACAGGUCCGAGCCUACACCUUCUCCCCGCCCCGGGGGCUCUUAAGCAAAUCUCUACAUGAGUACUCCAAGGGCUUCAUCGUGUCGCUUGUCCUAGGAAAGGAUGUGAUUCCCAGGUUAAGUGUGACCAGCUUGAAAGAUCUGAAGAAAAGAAUAUUGCGAGUGAUCGCCCAGUGUAAUAAGCCGAAGUACAAGAUCUUGCUGCAAGGCUGCUGGUAUGAACUGUUUGGAGGGAGCCCUGAUAACUUUCCCACUGAACUGGAUGGAGACGACCAGGGACACCUGACACAGCCUCUUCUGGGGGAGCAGAGUUUGCUGACACAUUGGUCCCCAGCAUACAGCUUCUCCAGUGACUCCCCACUGGACUCUCCCACCAAGUACCCUCCUUUGUACCCCCCCGGCAGGAUCAUCCACCUAGAGGAAGAAGGAGCUUCUGGGAGGUUUGGGUGCUGUUCUGCUGCUCAGUAUAGGGCGAGGUGGGCACAUGAAGCGGAAUUCAGCAGAAUUCUCAUAGGCCCAAAGAUGCUGACUGACCACAUGCCGGACAUCCUAAUGAGAGCCCUGGACAGCGUGGUGGCCAACAGAGCAGCCUGUCUCUCCUGUCCAGGGCAAGGUAUCUCUAACGUGGAUGUGGCAUGACCAGGCCUACUGGAAACUGCCCCAGAACAAUGCACACACAUUUGCUCUUGAACUGACUGAGUGACUUCCAUGAGGCCAGUACCUGGAUGUCUGUGGACAGGAAUCUGAUUGGCCUUCAAUUCAAUAGGCUGUGGAAUGACUGCAAUAAAUGGGAGCUACCUUUUUUUAUUUUUUAUUUUUGGUACCGAGGAUUGAACUCAGGACCUUGCACUUGCAAGGCAGGCGGGAGAACCACUGAGCUAAAUCCCUGGGCCAGUGGGAGCUACUUUUGAUCACAGUAUUAGUGGGAUCAGGAGCGAAGAGCGCCAAGACAUGGGAUUCCUGUACAGUGUGGAGGAACCCCUCCCCACAAUGGCCACUUGAGAGCUGCCUCAGAGAGAAUGAAGAGUGUCUGGAGACCCUAACUGACCUGUAUCCUCUCUUGUCAGGGUCUUGUCCUACCACAGCUUAGAAGUCUGAACUUGGAUGGCAGGUGUGUGGUUUACUUGGAAGACUAUACCCUGCUCCCUACGGCUCCCCAGUUACUGUCUAGGUGUUUCAAACCACAAGAGUUGAAUACUAAUUCUUGUGUGUCAUUCUGCCUCUGGGGCCUGCCAGUGGGUUCAGAGUGAGUUAAAAAAAUAAAGCAUAUUCAUAACUUAAGAGUGUCUACACAGUAACGUUUCAGGUAGGUCCCUUUACUGAGUGGUUUCACAGCCAUCAUGUGGUGUUUUCUUUGUACUGAACAACAAAAAUGAAGUCUGGUGUUCUGGCUAAUGACUUAAGAUGGCACAAGCAUCAGAAUUACCCACCAGGAGCCUAAUAAAAGGAGUUGAGGAUUCCUGUCCAAACGGUGGCUUGAGAAUGAAUCCCAAGGGGGAAGGAAAGCCAGGAGCUCCCAAGAUCACCACAGGACUGGGAGGCCUACUGGGAAGGGUCUGUUGGGGAGCUGGGAGAAACCAGGUCCUCUGCUCUGGAGGGUGGGGACUGGACACCAGCACUGGAGGAAAGGGAAUGACCUUCCUCAGACCCCCACUCCUGCAACCUUCAGGGAGAAGUCUCCAGAGAAAUCUGACCUCAGGAAGCCUUGCUUGGAGCCCUCAGCUGCAGCAGCUACACCUCAGAGCUUUGGAAAACCUGCAAAGGGCCGUUUUUAAAAACUUCAGUUGCAGUAUCAUGGUACAGCCCAGACCUGCCUCUCCCUAGACGCAGAAAGAUAAGGCUAAGGCGACUUGCACUAGAGGUGCCACCCAGUCUGCUCCAUUUACCACCAACCUAAAGCAUAAGCCAAAGAGCACCAAGAUAGGACAAAGGGACAGGAGACCAAAAGUAACAGUGCAGGCAGCUGCUCCAAACAACUCCAGCUGCAGCUGGGGACAGAGAAAGUGCUGGAACCACCAAACUGACCCAGGAGGCUUAAAAGUAGGUAUUCAGAAGGUGAGCAAGAACACUGGAAAACAAAGUGGAAAUGAAAGGAAGCAUUCUAGAAGGUAAUAGUUCUAGAAGAGUAGAAAACCAAAACAGGUGUUUCCAAAUGGAUAAAGCUCAUCAAGCACAGGGGACAAUAACCAUAGGACAAAGAAGACAAAGGAAUUCUCACAAUAUCCAUAUAACAGUAUAUCCCAGUGUAAUGGAAAUGGAAAAAAAAAAAGUGUAAGAGCUUAGUAGCACUGCGCCUGCCUUGCAAGUGCAAGGUUGUGAGUUUGAUCCCAGGUUCCACAAAAACCCCCAAAACUAGCUAUCACUAACCUAGAAUUGUAGAUGUGGCCCAAAGUACAGUAUCAGUGGAAUGGCCAUUUUUCAAAGAUGCCAGGACUCAAUAAUACAUAUUUCCUCAGGAAGCUCUUGGAGAAGCUUUUCAUUAGGAUGAAGAAGUAAAAGGUGGAGCUGACAUGGACAAGAGGUGGUCAGAUGACUGAGAUUUAGGAAAAAUAUAAUACAUCUUGAGCAAUUAAACAGAUGCAAGCUCACAGUUGAAUUACUGAGCACAGAAAACUAAGCACUAAUUAGGAAAGGCAAAGUUCAGCUGUUACUAAUGAUAAGGCUAUAAGCAGCUUAUGAGGUAAUAAUCACACAAUAAAUCAUGCAAUAAGUCAUGGUACUGAGAAUAGGAUAGCUGUUGGAGGGUAAAGCAGGCCUUUAGCUUUCCGUGACAGGAAUGUCAACAGCAAGGGCUAAAUCUGAGGUUCAGUUAGCAGGAAAAGCAGGUAAUUUAGACAUACGGAGUAAAUAUCAAAAACUACAGCUUAGUAUUGCCUCUGGCAAGGGUACAAAGGGGUAAGACUGCUUUUGCAACAAGACUUGAGUGUUUUGUUUUUAUGGUGUUAGGCACCGUACUGGUGAGCUACACAUUCCCCAGAUCCUGCAAGUUUUAGAACUAAGAGUUUAUGCUUUUAAACUCCUUAUUUAGCUCUGGUUAAAAAAGAAAAGCUUUCAGUAAAAACUGAUUAUAAACCUUGUGGUCUAAGUUCAGGCUCUGGCAAAGAUCCCGUUUGUGUAGUCCACCCAGCAUCCAGGAUAAGCUUUGCCUGACUCACCAUGGGGAAUCUCAGCCUUCAGCUCUGGCCCAUGGUAUGUGCACAUAAGCCUGCCCGCCUGCCCCACAUGGGUCUUUCCACAGCACGAUCUAGCAAAUCCCACCUGCCACCCCCGCUGCGUUCUUCAGCUGUGGACUUGCUCACCUCUUCCCCUGGAGGUGGCACUCCCUGCGUCCCUCCAGUGUGAAAUGAACACAUCCAGCAAUCCUGGAUCUUAAAGACACACACCGAAAGCUUGUUCAUCAAGUUCUCAAAAAUUCAAGUAUUACCAGUCAUAUGAUUCAAGGAUUUAUUAAGUCAUACAUGCAAAAUAUACUGCUAAUUGCAUUAGCAAAAGAUCAAUGUAAAAACACUCCACAAUUCCGCAACCGUCAAUUAAAAAAUUCUGUUCUAGUGGUUGAAAGGUCUGACAUUGUGUCGCCAGUGAGUUAAGUUGUACAGAACAUCGUUAGCACUAGCAGUUUACAGAACCUCACAAACCCAAAGGAGCAUCAUUAGGCAAAGCCACAACAGGAAGUGUGUGUCCGUGUGGGUGAGGUAAAGAGGGUCCAGUCAGUGUUAGUCACGUGACAGUGUUGGUAAUCUGGCAAGACAGUGAUGUUAAGAAGGUUCAGGUUCAAGAAUAUCUAAAAUAUUUUAAAAAUUGUAAAGCAGCAACACAUGAUUUUUACACCUAGUUACUAGAAGACUAAAGCAAGCACUUAAUUAGCUUUGAAUAAAGUAACAUGAAAACAGGAAUGCACUUUUAUUAAUCUACAAAAAAACUUCUAAUGCAUUAUCAGAAAGAUUUUAUAGUACAAAUAGGUAUAUUGCUCAUUAAGAAGGGGUUCUAUUAGAAAAGCACUUACUAAGUUAGCAACUAUGGGAAUGACCAGUUCAAAGAUGAAUUAAACACCCAAUUCUGGGAAGGAUGGCAAGUGUAGGAAAAAGAAAAA